AUGGUGCGCAUCCCCGCUAUGACGGCGGCCACAUGGCUGGCCCUAAUACCGCGAGUUCUGGGUGUGGACUACCCUGCCACGAUCGAGGUCGACUUGAUCUUCCCCCGCAACGAAACAUACAACAACAUGACAAGCUUCCCGAUCGUCUUCGCGCUGCAAAACGCCGACGCAGCGCUCGCGUUCGGGUACACCAUCGACUGGGAGUUCGUCUGGCUCGGCGGCGACGAGGACGAGAAAUUCUUAGACGCCUAUACCGGCCCCGACAUCAGCGACAGCAUAUACCUAAGCGACUUCAAAUACACCCACGACGACUCGGUCCUCGCCGUGGGCCAAGUCUCGAACCGGAAUGGAUACUACCUGCGCCCGGGGACGUACCUUGUGCAAUGGACGUACGACACGGUGACCUGCUGGGUGAGCGAUACCACAACGACCUACCACAUCGGCGGCGACGGGUACCUUGCGAGUGGGGGGAAUGUGGUCUUUACUGCUGUGGCCGAUGGGAGCGGGUUGGGGUUUGAGAUUCCCCUCGAUGAGUGUCCGGUUUAUUCGGGGCAGUGGACGGCUGGUGAUGGGACGGCUACGUGUCCGGAGUUCUCGUCUUUUGAGGCGGAGCCUGAGCCUUGUAAGGCGCAGCUGGCGCAGGAGCAGAUUUCUUGUUUGCAGGAGUGGUAUCGCGGGAAUAAUGAGUCGGAGGUUUGUACGACGAGUCUGGAGCGGUGGGAUGUCGAGUCUGGGGCUGCGAGUGUGGCUCAUGCAUCGGUGUUUUCGUUGCUGCUGGCUGGCUGGUUUAUCGCGGUCAUUGUAGGGAUUUUUUGA